AUGGAUUCAGUGCCUUCGAUAAGGAUAUUGACUAAAAAUGCAGUGAUAACUUCAAAGUAUACUUUAUUGAAGAAUCAUUCAAAAUAUUACAUGCCAAACCAUAAUCUGAAGGAUAUUGACGAAGAUACUGUAGUCAAGAUGUAUUAUAGAAGGUUUAUCAGGCUUCGACCACUUAUUUCUAGAACAAGAAUGGUUAAAGAAACUUAUACUUCGUACAUACGAUAUAAGUUUAAGAUUGAAAAUUAUCAAUUAAAAAGGAAACUUGUUACUGGUAUAGAAGAACAACGACCAUUGAUACCAACUUUACAAAAAUCGCUUGAGUUUAUUAUAAAAUCAGUUUCUUUUAUACCUGAAACCAAGACAAUUAAGUUUAAAAUUGCCAGAGAUAAUACAAUCUGUAGACAAGUUUUAAAAAAUUUGUUAACGGUUGAAUAUCAGAAAGAAAACUUUAUAGAGAAGAGAUCUAAAGGAUCGGAAUUAUAUCAAUUACUUCGAGUUGACUUUAAUCACCUAGUUAAUUCGAAUAAUAAUUUAAAAUUUACUUCACAGUUAAAAGUAUUUAAUGAUUUUGAUAUGUGUUUAAUAUUAAUGAAUGAAACCAUUGGAACUAGAUUAUAG